CAAGGCAUUAAAAAUGACCGCGCAUGCGCGGCGCAAAUUUGUCAGGGCUCGCGGAUAGGGUAAGCACACCCGGAACGAAGACGUUGCUAACAUGGGCAAAAACAGUGCAUUAAAAACUUCAAAAUUAUCUCUUCAGCAAACAGAACGGAAUCCAAGCAAGAAUUUGAAGAAACCUCAGCUGAAAGAACAUCUGGAGCAGAUACCUUUUCGACUGCGUGAAAUUAUGAAAAGUAGAGAGAAAAUGAAUAUGGGAUCCUAUAAACUCAAGAAAAUCAUGAGAGCACAUAAGCACAAAGCAGAGACAGAAAUCUGUGAGCAGGAACAUAUCAGAGUUCCACAAUUUCGGAGAGGAAAGCAAGAGUCAGAGAAGGCAUACCUGCAUCGCAUGUCGCAAGAAACACAGUACGUUUUCUUUCUCACCAAAAACCAGCCAGAGAGACUUCCUGAACAAGACAUGGAAGAGAAGGCUACAACUUCAAACAAAGAGAUAAAAAAAAAAGAGUUUAACAAAGGAAGAAGUCAGCAUAAGAAAAAAGCCAAACAACAGGAGUAUGUGGAAAAAAAGACAUUUGUAGAUAAAGUACAGUUUGGAGAGGUUGCCAUGGCACCGCCAUCAUUAACUGUCAAACCAAAAAAGGCACCUGUGAAACCUCAGAGGGCAUCCAGUAGUCUUCUUCUGAGUUCUAUGCUUGGCCACACUGAUGUCUCAACAACUAAGCCAUCUAUGGCAAGGCAGAAAAUAAUUGAAGAAGAACAUGAAAGAGUGGUCCAUGCUUAUCGCCAACUGAAGAGGCAUACGCAAGCAAAAAGAGCGCAAAAGACAGGAAUAAACAAACUCCUAAACCCUCAAUGAUAUCUCCAGGAAAUUGUUAAAAAAAAUAUACAUGUACAAAAAAUUGUCAUUAAGUCUCCAUGUAAGCCUAAAUACCAAUUUUUUUUUAUCAGGUGUUAAAAACACAAUAGAACAUUCAUGCAUGUGCUUAAACAAGGUUGUUGUUGAUAAAAUAUUGAUUUAAAAAAAC